AGAAGUAAACAAAAUCGUUUGAAAGGAGCAUCCCAGAAAAAGAAAAUACUAACGCUUUACAGCAAAUUAGGCCUAUCCAGACUUCUUGGGAGACAUUGUACAUUUCUACUGUGUGAGAGGCGGAAAAAAUGAACAAAAUGGAUUCUGAAGCAGAGUCGUCAGAUGUUGUAAGUGACUCCGUUGAGAAGGCCAGUGGCAGUGUUGGAGAGAGUAAUGGAGAGUCAUCAGCAAAGAGGCCCAGAGUAGACAUUAAUUCUUUGCCGACUCGGCAGUACCUAGACCAAACUGUAGUGCCGAUCCUCCUGCAGGCAGUUACGCAACUCAAUAAGGAAAGACCUGGAGAUCCUAUAGAAUGGUUGGCAAACUACCUCCUAAAGAAUAAACCGCAGUUUACUAAUGGCAACUCCAACAGCUCGUAAGAAAGUACAAAAUCAUGUGAUUGAAGUAUUGCAGAGCAGGCGGCGGCCCCUAGUUCAAAAAACAACUACCUAACAUUAAUGUAUUUACUUGGAUACAGUUUCUACAGACUCAUUGCUGCCUUACAAAAAAUCCAGAACAAUCGUUAGAGCAAAGAGUGUUAUUGUCCCCUAGGAAAAGUGAUGGUCUGGGGGGAUAUGUAUCAUGGGGAGAACUCUCAUUGCUUGGGUUUUGCCAGGCAACAGGUUAAUGCUACUUUCAGAAACGGCUAUUUUAUCCCCUUGAGAAGCCUCACUUAGGACUGCCAUUAAGUUAGUAACUUAUUGUGUGUUUACUUGUUAAGGUGUUUUGCAGUUUUGUUUAGAAACCCUUUUCUUCAUUUCAUUUGUCACUUAUUCUCACUUUUUUUUAAAAGACCACAAUAGUACAAUGUAAAAUAAGUAUGGCAAUUGUAUAACUGUGCAUGUUCAAGCAAAAAAAUAUAUCAGGCACUAGAUAGUACUAUAAAUUAGUACUAUAAAGGCUGUAGUACUGAUUGCAAGCUGUUUCAAGCAUUCAACAAGUUAUUUGAUAGAUGAAUAGUCAGAUGACCUUUUUUCUUUUUUUUUUAUAAAAAGCUCAUGGAAGUGGCACUUGAAGUCAUGUUUUCCGAGUAAGUGAGAAGAAAAGAGAUUGAUGUAGUAUUUAGAAAGUUCUUUAAUUUUCCUUUGCAAAGAAGUAAAGUAUUUCAGAAGUUAUGUUUGCAUAUUCAGAAUUAUUUUUAAUUAGUAGCUGUAUUUUGUGCAUUUUAUGUGUAAGAGCAAUUGACUAUAAUUUUCCAUACCUCAUAGGUAAUGAGUUACUGUACACAGAGUUGUUUAAUAUUUUAUAUUCAAGAGAAAAUAAAGUUACAUAAAAGAG